CGAGAUCGCACAGGGGGUGCACUCGCCACAACUGUAUACUGUGUUUUGUUUUUCAUUCAUACUUUACUCUUUCGUUUGUGUGUUUUUAGGUAGUGUUGAGAAGCUACCAGAAGAUGCUGAAGGCACCAGUUCACCAGAGUGGAUAAGCUUCCAGGAGGCCGAGUAUAAAUUUUUCGACCACCGCACCACUUGGGAGCAGGCCCAGAGGAUUUGCUCCUGGUUUGAGUCCUCGCUCGCCUCCGUUCACUCUGCUGAGGAGGAGGCUUUCCUGGCCAACACUUUACGCAAGAUGACAAGGGUGGAGGGCGACAGCUGGUGGUUGGGGCUUCAUUCCUACGAAAACGACGGACGCUUCCGCUGGUCCGACCACUCUGUGCUCAAUUACGUUUCCUGGGCUCUCGGGAGGCCACAUCCGCUCAGCCGAGAUCGCAAAUGUGUCCGCCUGUCCGUGAGUAAAGCGGACUGGGGAGAUCAGAAGUGCCACUCUGACCUGCCUUACAUCUGUAAGAGAGUGAACGUGACGGGGACGAUGCCGCCAACUCCGUCAUCCCCCCACCCGCCUGCAGGAUGUCCUGAUGGAUGGUCUUCGUAUCAGCAUAAGUGUUUCAGAGUGUUCGACCAGUCGUACCGGCUCACAUGGUCUGCAGCCAAGCUGCAAUGCGAGACGCAGAGAGGUGUGCUGGCAGUGGUGUCCAAUCAUUUGGAACAAGCUUUUGUCACCACCUUGCUAAACAACGCCAGCACUGACCUCUGGGUGGGUCUGACCUCGGACUCUAAAGGUCAUUUCAACUGGGCCAAGGCUGGCCUGCUGAGCUACACCAACUGGGCCCCCGGAGAGCCGCUCGACAACAGCGGCCCGCACCACAACAGGACGCCGGGAAACUGUGUGGUGAUGAUUCAUGGGAGCCAGCAGAAGAAAACCGGAAUGUGGGCUUCUAGAGCCUGCGAGAUGGAGAACAACGGCUUCAUCUGUCAGAAGCCACAAGACCAGAGUCUCCUCCCGGCUCCGGCCCUCAUUCCUGACUCCCUGUCGAAGCCGGUGGAGCUGGGCGGAGUCACGUACCGGGUGGUGGUGAAGCGCCUGGACUGGACCGGCGCUCUGCACCUCUGUGAAUCUUUGAACGGGACCCUGGCCACGGUGACAAAUCCUUUCCAGCAAGCUUACCUCACACUGCUUAUCAACAGCCUGCACCGGCCAGCCUGGAUCGGCCUCUACAACUAUGGAGGACGGAGCUUCACAUGGCUGGGUAAUGAAGACGUUUCAUAUUCGAACUGGAAAGAUGGGGAGUCCAAUCAGAUGGCUGGAUGCGGUCACAUGACCACCACAGGGCACUGGACUAGGACCCCCUGUGAUGCUAAACUGGAGGCCGCCAUCUGUCAAAUUAGUGAAGAGCCUGUGGUUCACCAGUGGAUCUAUCCUGGCCUGUGCCCCCAGUCUCUGGGAGAGUGGGCGUGGGUGCCUUUCAGAAACCACUGCUACGCCUUCAACCUGCAAAUGCUUCAGCUGCAGCAGGAUGCACGCACAUCCUGCAAGAAAAUGGGAGCAGAACUUCUCUCCAUCUUGGACGAAACAGAGAACGGAUUUGUAUGGGAGCACAUCCAGAGCUAUGCGGAACAGGCACAUGGAGCUUGGCUGGGCAUCAGCGUGAAAGGUAGAGGUCUGGUGUGGAGCGAGGACACGGAGAUGUCGUACACCAACUGGGAGGCUCACGACGUCGCCUUCUCCGUGCUGUCGAUAAAUUCCUGCUUCUGGAUCCAGAGCAACAGCGGCCUGUGGAAGCCGGGAUCCUGCAGGAAUCGAACGCAUGGAGUCAUCUGCAAAAGGCCUCGCACUGCUGAAACUUCGGCUGUAACAAUGGACGGUGACCACCUGCCCACUCUGAUCGUCAUCAUGGUGACGGGCCUGGUGCUGGUGGUGCUGAUAGUCGGCGUGAUCUACUUGUACCGCCGGCGAACCAUCGGGUCCCGGGGCUCCUACGAAGGGGCCCGAUACAGCCGCACCAACUCCAGCCAGGCCGAGCAGGCCGAGAAGAACAUCCUGGUGUCCGACAUGGAGCUGAACGAGCAGCCAGAGUAGCCCGAACCGACCCCCGGACCGACCCGACCCGACACAGGAGAGGCCAAUUCCAGUGUGCCGACUCAGAAUCCGAUACACAUUUGUGGCAUGUAUGUUUAUUUUUGUCUCUUUUGAAACCAAAAAAAAAAAAAAAAAAAAAUGAUUUUUAAAGUGCUGAAGGGCUGUGUAGAGCGCAGCAGCAGAUGUUUAGUUUUUAAAUUGAAUCCCCACUUUCUAAAAAUCCUCUUUUGCCAAGAUUUAACAGUUCUAGCGAUUUCUCCCCAGACGAAUCAGACGCUUCCAUCUGCACAGCUUCUCCCCAGAAAACCAUAAUGGAUCUACAGGGAAUAAAUUUUAUCGCAGCUGGGAGGAAAAAAAAAAAAAAAACAGUUUUAUGAAACAACUCCUUGCUGUCUUCCCUGGUGCCAAAGUACUUUUUUUUUUUAUUUGCACACUGUAUGUUUUUUCCUAUUUUGAUUGAAAGACUACAAACCUUCAGUAUCCACAGUCUUCGAGACCAAAUUGCCGCAUCAGUAUUAACCUGAACUUGUGUUUUUGUUGAUUAAUUGUACCCCCCCAACCCCCCCCUAUUGAAUUUGCCAUUAUCUGUGCAGCUGUAGAGAACUGUUACCCAUGAUGCUCGUGUGGUUUUGUGAGCCUUGCCUCCCUCCUCUCUUCGGUCGUGACACGUCGGCAGCUUCUGUCAGGCCAAAGCAGAGGAGGAAAUGUGAAUGUGUGGAAGGUGACAGGGACCGGUGACCUCAAACUGUCUGUCUGAGGGCAAACACUAUAAUUGUGCACAUAAGUAGAACUUUGUAUUGAAAGCUGGUCUUUAAAUAGACUGCAUUGUGUCUUUUUUUUUUGUGUGUGUGUGUGCAGCAGGACUGAAAGGUUCAGACUCGCUAUACUUUUUUCGGCACUUUCUGCGAUUAUCUAAUUCAGUCAUCCACCUGCCUUUAGUCAUUAUCCUUAAGGCGCAUUUGCUGCUCUGUGAUUCCCAACUUCUGUUUGUUUUGGCUCUUUGUGCCGCCAUCUGGAGCUGAUUCAGCAUUUUAUAAGAAUUUUCUUUUUCUUUCUGUGCGCGCAGAGAAAAAAAAGGGGUUUGCAAUUUGAUAUUUGUCUGAUUCAUCAUUUUAAUGGAUAUUCUCUCUCUUUUUAUAUAUAUAUAUAUAUAAUGCAGGCUUCAUUAUGUGAAUUGAUCUACAUACCUGACUGGUAAAGACAUUUGGAAGCGUUCCUAUUUACGAUGGGAACACAAAGGAAAACAUCCCUCAUAUGAAUGACACAGUUGUAAAUAUGAGAGCCAAAGAAUGUUUUCUCUCUUUCUUUUUUUUUUUUUUUUAACGUUAACGUUCUUCCUUCAGCUUUUUUUUUUCCUGCCUCUGUCUUCCUGCUCAGAGAGGAAUGCUUUGGAGCCAUUUCAGGCUUUUGGUGUUUCACUGAGCUGCUGUAAAAUAAAAAAAAAAAAGAAGAAGAAAAAGAAAAAAAAAAACUGUGCUUUUUUCUUUUUUUUUUUGCUAAGAUUGUAGGGGGGAAGGGAGCAAGUCGGCGAGUGUGUUGGAGUGUGUGUGCAGUCUCCAGCUGUGGAAUGUUGAGUCGGCAAGAAGAGCUCAGUGGCACGUCUGGAACCAAUCAGAGAAGGAGGGCUUUAGGGACAUGAAGGGUCAGGAAGAGGGGGAAAGAAAGAGCUGAAGCUAAAGACGAAAAGUGGGGAGGAAAGAAAGAAAAAAAAAGGAGGAGAGUGAGGAGGAGGAGGAGGAGUCGGGGAUGUAGGUAGAGGAGGAGUGGAUUGGGCCAGGCGUACCCUGUCCUCUGCUGGUGGAUUACUGUACAGGUUUGUGUUUAUAUAUAUAUAUGUGUGUAUAAAUGCAGUGGAUGUGAACUGAUGGAGGCGAUGUGGUGUGAAGGUCCCGCUGUGUUCCCCUAGUGUCUGUGAAGAUACCUGAUGCACCUGUUCAAAAAAAAAAAUUUUUUGGAAAGUUUUUGUGUCAUUUUUAUAUGAAAUAAAUAAAGUCUAUGUUCUCAGA